UAUUUCACAGCAGUUCCAGUGUAUGGGUGCUGGCAGCGCCAGUGCCUCCUGCAGUGUAUUGCAUUCGGUUUGGGUAUGCAGAGUCGGUGGACUCGAUUCACUGCGCAGCAGACACUUGAACAUUUGUAGGCUUCCAAUUGUUGCACUCAUGCGGAUCACGCAACAAACAAAACGAACACUCAAAGAUGCCAAGGGAUCUAUUCUCCGCGUGCAAUGUGCCACAGCAGAGCACCACAACCUGACCAUAUGGAUCCAUCCUGUCCUGGCUCUGGCUCUGGCCCUGUCCCUGAACAUCCAAGUGCGACAUAUUCGAAUUGAAACAGAAACUAAAGCUGCAACGCUGCAUCGCUCCAUCGAUCUGUGA